GCACGAGCAUUGGAUUUGUGGAAGGACGGCCCUCCCGCUUGGACAGAGCGCGCGAAUGCACCCACCACGUCUCUCACAAUCGGCUGCUUCACGUUAGCUGUUAGCUUAGCGUCGUUUUCUGUGCCUUUACGCACCGGGGAUCUGCUGGCACACCAGAGGUGGACCUGAGACAAGGCUUUUUGGCUCCUAAUCUCAAUUGUCCCAAAGUAUCUGUAUAGUGGGCUGUCAGCUACUCAAUAUACCUGCAAUGGCAGACAAAGAAGGAGCAUUUGACGAUGCGGUCGAGGAGAGGGUGAUAAAUGAGGAGUACAAGAUCUGGAAGAAAAACACUCCAUUCCUCUAUGACCUGGUUAUGACCCAUGCUUUAGAGUGGCCCAGCCUCACUGCCCAGUGGCUGCCUGAUGUCUCCAGGCCAGAGGGGAAGGAUUACAGUGUGCACCGGCUGGUGUUGGGCACCCACACGUCUGAUGAGCAAAAUCACCUGGUCAUUGCCAGCGUUCAGCUACCUAACGAUGACGCCCAGUUUGAAGCCUCACAUUAUGACAGUGAAAAAGGAGAGUUUGGAGGCUUUGGCUCAGUAAGCGGCAAGAUCGAGAUCGAAAUCAAGAUCAACCAUGAAGGAGAAGUGAACCGUGCUCGCUACAUGCCCCAGAACCCCUGCAUCAUCGCCACCAAGACCCCCACUUCAGAAGUGCUGGUGUUUGACUACACCAAGCACCCUUCCAAGCCAGAUGCCUCUGGAGAGUGUCACCCUGAUCUGCGUCUCAGAGGCCAUCAGAAAGAAGGCUAUGGUCUCUCCUGGAAUCCAAAUCUGUCCGGCUCUCUCCUUAGUGCGUCAGAUGACCAUACAAUCUGUUUGUGGGACAUAAGUGCUGUGCCAAAGGAGGGGAAGAUAGUAGAGGCGAAGACGAUUUUCACCGGCCACACUGCCGUGGUGGAAGACGUCUCCUGGCACUUGCUUCACGAGUCUCUCUUUGGAUCUGUAGCAGAUGACCAGAAGCUCAUGAUUUGGGACACUCGUUCGAACAACACCUCCAAACCCAGCCAUGCAGUGGACGCCCACACAGCAGAGGUCAACUGUUUAUCAUUCAACCCUUACAGCGAGUUCAUCCUGGCCUCUGGCUCCGCAGACAAGACUGUAGCUCUUUGGGACUUGAGAAACUUGAAACUGAAGCUGCAUUCCUUCGAGUCGCACAAGGAUGAGAUCUUCCAGGUUCAGUGGUCACCUCAUAAUGAGACCAUACUGGCGUCCAGCGGAACAGACCGUCGCCUCAACGUCUGGGACCUCAGUAAAAUCGGAGAAGAGCAGUCACCAGAAGAUGCAGAGGAUGGCCCACCCGAGCUACUGUUUAUCCAUGGAGGCCACACAGCCAAGAUCUCUGACUUCUCCUGGAACCCCAACGAGCCCUGGGUCAUCUGCUCGGUGUCCGAAGACAACAUUAUGCAAGUCUGGCAAAUGCCAGGUCAGAGGAAUGUGGUAGGGACAGUGAGUGGCUUUCCCUACCACCAAGGGAACCAACAUGUCUGGACAGGGAAAACUGAAGUGCAGUGGGGUCGGAGCAUUGCAUUUACCUUCUCCUUUACUUUGCACUUUUUCCUCUUUUGAACUACUUUGGUUUGUACUUUUGUUUAUUCCUCUUUUUCAACCAGAACUCACUGCCAACAGACACUGUAACAUCUAUUCUCAUAUAGGCUGGUGAGACAAAGCUGUCUCUGUUGCAGAGGAAUCCGCUUUGUGGGUUUCACAGCUCAGUAUCAACCUGGAACCUCUCCCUCUUCUCUCUAAAACUAUUAUUACAUGCCUCUCUUCUCUGUCCGUCCUCAUUUCUCUCACCUCUCUUUCCACCCCUCCCAUCCUUAACAUUAUAAAUAGUGGGCUGUGGAAUGUAACUUUAGAGAGUUUUGUUCUUUUUCAGCGCUUUCGAUUACUCUUUGGUUGUCAGAAAUGCAUUUGAGGAUGCACUAGAGGAUAAAACACACACACUUGUUAAAAAGUUAACUAAACAGGGAAGUGCAGUUGAGACCGGUUUUGGUGGUUUAAAAAAAAGUUUCAGUAUUGUAUGCUGUUAGAGGAAUGGACAUAGAGAACCAAUCGGUGCAGAAAGAAUGUGUCUGUGGCCGGACAAAGGCAGGUCGGGAAUGAUAAUGCUGGUCCGAGAGAGCUGAGCUUAUCCCAACCGGCAGUAUGGAUUUCCUGCCUGCAACCUUCUUUCAGCUAUAUCUAACACAAUCACAUACACUAGAAGGUUCAUGGUGCCGUUAUUACGGUAUUGUUGCAGUCUGUUUACUGUGGGAUUGGUCAGUCUCAAGACCUCAAAUGUUCUUAAGCGAGGUGCCUAACUGCUGCGGUAUUUUUUUUUUUU